CUGCAACUAGAUUGACUGACACUGCUGUAACCCCGGCUCGCAGCACGGCUGAAGCAGGGUGAAAGAGCGAAACGAGCCAUAGCUAACAUUGAGACAUGUCGGAAGCGUCGUCGCUGGUUGGGCUGUCAACGGAGUUCCUCAAGGUUUCCUCUCCCGAGCCUCAUAUUGCGUUGGUCGAGAUCCUACGGAAGCCUGUGAAUGCCUUCAGUGAGGAGUGCUGGACAGCAUUAGCGCAGGUCUUCAACAAGAUUUCUCUUCAGCCUACCGUACGCGUUGUCGUGCUUGCGUCCGCCCUCCCGAGGCUGUUCUCAGCAGGAAUAGAUCUGAGCGCACUCGGAGGACUCGGCGACGCUUUCUCCAACGAGCCUGCCAGACGCGCCCUCCAGCUGCGCGAACAAAUACUCUCGUUCCAGAGCUGCAUCACAGCGAUCGAGCGGUGCCCCUACCCCGUGAUCGUCGCAGCGCACGGAAUCGCAUUCGGCCUCUCCAUCGACAUCAUGGCCGCAUGCGACGUGCGAUACGCAGCGUCGAAUACCGUCUUCUCGAUCAAGGAAGUCGACGUCGGCCUCGCCGCCGACAUCGGCACGCUCGCGCGCCUGCCCAAGAUCUCGGGCAACCACAGCCUGCUGCACGAGCUAGCAUACACCGCGCGCGACUUCUCCGCGGCCGAGGCCGAGAAGCUCGGCUUCGUCUCGCGCGUUGUACAGGGCAGCCGCGACGAGGUCCUCUCGGCUGCAUUGCAGACGGCGCGGACGAUCGCGGGGAAGUCGCCGAUUGCGGUGCUUGGGUCGAAGCACUUGUUGUUGCAUGCGAGGGAUCAUAGUGUGCAGGAGAACUUGGAUUACACAGCUACGUGGAACAGCGCCAUGCUCCAGACUGCCGACAUGAAGGAGCUCGUCAAGUCUACGAAGACGAAGACGAAGCCGCAGUUCGCUCCUCUCGGAAAGCUGCCGUCCAAGCUAUAAUCAGGCUUUGUUUUCUCAGCCACCCGGAACAUCUGUACGAAUAUUAGCGGUAUACUCACACGACAACGAUUGCACGUCUUGGUCAUCGUGACGAUGUGUUGAGCGUGUUCAGCGACCGACUCCUUGUUCUCUCCAUACCCAGCUCGAUCUACGCUGUAAUCCCAUCAAUGGUUGAGCGUGAUCUACCCUCGUUUGAGACACACAAGGACGCAUACACUCAUAGCCUCGCACACGCAGAAAGAGUCAGAACUGAGAUUUAGCAGCAGAGAUCUGUGUUCUACUACAUAUCUAUCCAGCCCUACGCCUUGCAUUCGUUGCGAAAUUGGCGCAGGGUGGUACACGUAGGCCUGUUUAAUUUGAUCGGGUUCUGUAAGGCCUCAGGC